AUGCCAGACACACUGAAAAUCCUCAUAGCCAAUCGCGGCGAAAUCGCGUGCCGUCUCAAUCGAACCUACCAACUCUUCCCCCUCUCCAACCCCACUACGCCUUCAAUAUCAACUCUCGCCAUCCACACUCCCUCAGAAUCUAAUGCUCUGCACGUCUCGCUCGCCGACUCGUCCCAACAACUCGCAUCUGAGGGGCCAAGAGCAUACCUCGAUGCAGCAGCAAUCGUCGAUGUUGCUGUGAUGCAUGGAUGUUGGGGGAUCGCUCCUGGGUAUGGGUUUCUGUCUGAGGAUGCCACUUUUGCAAAGCUCUGUGAAGAUAAGGGUAUCGUUUUCCUCGGUCCAACAAGUGGACAGCUGGAGAGGUUGGGGAAUAAAGUCUCAGCUCGAGAACUAGCAAAGUCUGUCGGAGUGCCUAUCCUGCAAGGCACACAAGCGGGAUCGAAUUCAGCUUUGAACGAUAUCCAAUCAUUCGCAUCAUUGGUUGGCGGAGGGGGGAAGAUCAUCCUCAAAGCAGCCAACGGUGGCGGCGGGCGCGGCAUUCGUGUCCUUUCUCUACCCACCUCUGCUGCCGAACGGGAAAGGGUUAUUGCCAAGGCGUAUGAAUCGUGCUCACGCGAAGCGGCCGCAUCUUUCGCAGAUGGAACGGUCUACGCAGAACGUUUCCUCACAAACGCAAAGCACGUCGAGGUGCAAGUACUGGGAGAUGGCAAAGGCGGUGUUUGCCAUUUUUGGGAUCGAGAAUGUUCCCUACAACGCCGCAAUCAAAAGCUCAUUGAGAUCGCACCGGCACCAAAUUUGGCGCCCAAGCUGAGGGAAGGGAUGCUGAAUGCAGCGUUAAGGCUGGCUCAAGAGGUGAAGCUGCGCAGCUUAGCAACGAUCGAGUUUUUGGUGGACCAAGAAGGAGGAGGUUUCUACUUUAUGGAAGCCAACCCCCGCAUUCAAGUGGAGCAUACGAUCACGGAACAAGUUACCGGUGUUGAUCUUGUUUCGCUCCAGCUUCUUAUUGGUUUGGGCUUUUCCCUGUCCGACCUCAACCUCCCCACGAAUAGCCCUGCAACUACAUUCCCUAGCAAGACAUCAAUCCAGGCCAGGAUCAACGCAGAAUCAUUCACCGGAAACGCAGACGAAACUCGCCCCGAGUCAGGCUCCAUCUCAUCGCUUAUCUGGCCAAAUGGUGGUGGGGUGCGGAUUGAAACUGCUGCUCAUCCACCUCAUCCGGUGUUAGGGGAGUAUAGUGUCAACCCAUUGUUCGAUAGUUUGUUGGCGAAAGUAAUUGUUACUGCUCCAACCUACAGAGCUGCGGUGCGUGCGGCUGGGAGAGCACUCGAGGGGACACUGAUCGAGGGUGUAAAGACAAAUAAUGCGUUUUUGAUAGCGCUGUUGGAGAGUGAAGAGGUGAGGGGAGGGAGGCAACAUAUUCAUUCUGUUCAGAGUGGGGUGAAAGGGCACCUUGCUGCUGCGGAAAAGUACGAGGCUCGGGCAAAGAUGGCAAGUAAGAAAGUGGAUGCGAAUGUAGAAGCGCGGAAGAAGGCGGAAUGGAAGGAAGAGGAGGGGAAAGCGGCGGUCAAGUCUCAUCUUUCGGGCAUAGUGGUCAAAGUGUCAGUCAAAGAAGGUGACAAGAUUGCUGUUGGACAAGAGCUAGCUUUGAUUGAGGCUAUGAAGAUGGAGCAUGUUGUCCGAGCCGAUUCUUCCGCAGCUGGAGCAGUGGUGCAGAAGAUCAAGAUCCAGCAAGGUGGGGUAGUCAACACUUCUGAUGUGCUGUUCAUUCUCGACACCUCCAAUUCUUCCACCUCUAGCGCCGCCGACAGCAGCUCAACUCCGACCGAGAUCGCAGAGGAUCCCAAUGUACCCCGCCCAGAGCUUCUCGAACUACAGCAUCGUCGCCAAGCCAUCUCUGACGCUGGUCGCACAGCCGCUGUCGCCAAACGACACGCACGAGGAUUCCGCACAGUCCGAGAGAAUAUAUCUAUGCUCAUUGACCCCGACUCGCUCAUCGAAUACGGCGGCCUUGCACUCGCAGCCCAAAAGAAGCGUUACACACCCGAAGAUCUCAUUGCAAAGACAUCUGGCGACGGAAUAGUCGUCGCUUUUGGCCGCAUUUCCGGCCACACAGUUGGACUCAUCAUGGGAGACUACCUCGUUCUCGCAGGAACGCAGGGUUAUUUCCACCAUCAUAAACUGGAUCGGAUCCUAACUGCUAUCCUCUCCCACCCCGCACCGUUGGUGCUGUAUGCGGAAGGCGGAGGCGGUAGACCAGGAGAUACGGAUUAUCCCUCCGGAUCAGGACUGCAGACUCCAAGUUUUGCAUUGAUGGGUGCGGUGAGAGCGAGUGGUGUGCCGGUGGUGGGAGUUGCGAAUGGGUAUGUCUUUGCCGGAAACGCGGCCUUGUUGGGGACAUGCGACGUCGUGAUUGCCACAAAGAAAGGGAUUCCCGGUUUGGCUGGGAAGGGUGAAGUGGGGAAAACGUCGAUCGGAAUGGGCGGCAAAGCGAUGAUCGAGGCCGGUGGUUUGGGUGUGGUUGAAUCUGAUGAUAUUGGGCCCACUUCGGUGCAUGCUGGGACCGGAGGAGUGGAUGUGGUGGUAGAGGAUGAAGACGAGGCUGCGGUCGUUGCGCGGAAGCUCGUUGGCUUUUUCACCACGUCCAAGCUUGUGGAUGGACAAUGGGUCUAUUCUGGAGAUGUCAAGCUUCUUCGAACUUGCCUGCCUUGCGUAGAGGAAAGGAGACGAGCAUUCGAUAUGCGCCGUGUGAUCUCCCUCCUCGUGGACGAUGAAUCCUUCAUCGAACUGGCCCCCUACUGGGGCACAGGAAUGAUCACCGGUUUUGCCCGAAUCAAAGGUCUCUCCAUCGCCAUCCUGGCCAACGACCCAACCUCACCUCUCGGUGGAGCCAUCGACAUCAAUGCGGCACUCAAAGCCACUCGUUUACUCAAACUUCUCGCUCGCACUCGCGCUACCCAUCUCGUCAGUCUAUGCGACACACCUGGAUUCAUGGUCGGCCCCGAAUUCGAACGCACUUCCACUGCGGGUGGAUCCUUCAGAACGUUCGGAGACUGGUUCACCGCUGCAGCUGAAUUCACUCAAGCCGGUGGGCGAGUGAUCGGGCUGGUUCUCCGCCGGGCAUUCGGCUUGGGAGCACAGGCUAUGUUGGGCGGUAGUACGCUAAGCAAUUCAAUUUGCGCUUCUUGGCCUGCUGGAAGCUUCGGGCCGAUGAGUUUGGAAGGUGCAGUGCAACUCAGUAUGAAAAAGCAACUAGCGGCGAUCAAAGAUGAGGAAGAGAGGAAGAGAGUGGCGGACGAGGCGGUGGAAGGGCUGUAUAGAGGAGGAAGAGCGAUCAAUGUUGCAAGUAUGGCCGAGAUCGAUACAGUGUUGGAUCCUGCAGAGACUAGGGAUUGGUUAGAGAGGGUUGUGGGGGAUGUAUUAGGAGAGAGAGUGGCAAGCUAUAAGACGCGGCGGGGGAACGCUGCUCAUCCUCAUUUGUAG